AACAAAAGGUCUUGGAUCAAACCUCCUUGUCAUUUUCCUCUAACAAUUAUUCCACUCUUUAGCCAAAGCAUCUCCACAACAUCUAUACAUUCUAGACACCAAAAACCCCACUGAUCACCCAAACCAACCCUGCAGAAAGAAGACAAAAAAAGAAGAAUUCCAUGUCCGGCUUAACCUCCAGCUUCUUCUACCUCACCUUCACAGCCACACUUCUCUAUGUGGCCUACUUCUUACCAAGACAGGAACCAAAGGAAACCAGUCUUGUUCUUUAUGUGCACGACCACCUCACCGGCGAUAACAAGUCGGCAAUCACGGUGGCCGGGAACAAUGGACCCGAGAUUGAGUCGAAAGCGAUUGGUAGGGUCCAAGGAAUGUACCUUAAUUCAAAACAAGAUGGGAAGGGUUUGUAUUUGGCUUUUUCAGUUAUUUUUACAGAUGGAGAGUUUAAGGGAAGUAGUUUGGAGAUUCAAGGAUCGGAUAUCUACUCUCCGAAAGAGAGAGGAUUCGGGGUUGGAUCGGGUAUGGGUUAUUUUCGGUUUGCGAAAGGGUAUGGACUUAUGAAAACUGAGUUCAUGGACCUUCCCAAUUUGAUAGCCGUUAUUAAGCUCAGUAUAACAGUGAAGCAUUAUUAA